GCCGCCGCCGCGAAGAUGGCUGCAGCCGCGGGCGAGGACGGGCCCGGCGCGAGGGCCUUGCUGGCGCUGCAGCGCGCCGCGCCCUCGCCGCCGCUCCCUCCCGGGGCGCCCGCCGCCUCGCCUCCCCAGGGCCCGGGGCCGGCCCCGAUCCCGCCCGCGCUGCCCCUGGCCGUGCCGUCGGCCCUGGCGCGCCUGCAGGGCCGCGACGUGGAGUUCGUGAUGCGCCAAGCGACGGUGACCAUCGGGCGCAACUCGUCGCAGGGCGCCGUGGACGUGAACAUGGGCCGCUCCAGCUUCAUCUCGCGCCGCCACCUCGAGCUCUCCUUCCGCGCGCCCCACUUCUACCUGCGCUGCCUGGGCAAGAACGGCGUCUUCGUCGACGGCGCCUUCCAGAGGAGGGGAGGCCCGGCCCUACAGCUGCCCCCGCAGUGUACUAUUCGAUUCCCCAGCACAGCCAUCAAGAUCCAGUUCACGUCGCUCUACCACAGAGAGGAGGCGAAGGAAGCAGCCUCGUCGCCGCCACUUCGGCCGCUCUACCCCCAGAUAUCGCCGCUUAAGAUCCACAUUCCGGAGCCGGACCUCCGAAGCCUGGUCAGCCCCCUGCCCUCUCCCACCGGCACGAUCAGUGUUCCCAACUCGUGCCCAGCCAGUCCGCGUGGCGCUGGCUCCUCAGGAUAUCGCUUCGCACAGAAUAUUACCUCGGACCUGCAGCUAGUGGCGGAAUAUGCGGCCAAGGCAACGUCUGAGCAGCAGGCAGAUGCAUCUGGCGGAGACAGCCCAAAGGAUGAGUCCAAGCCUCCGUACUCCUACGCCCAGCUGAUUGUCCAAGCUAUCUCGUCGGCCCAGGACCGGCAGUUAACACUAAGUGGCAUCUAUGCCCACAUCACCAAGCAUUACCCGUAUUACAGGACGGCGGAUAAAGGCUGGCAGAAUUCCAUUCGGCACAACCUUUCCUUGAACCGCUAUUUUAUUAAAGUCCCGCGUUCCCAGGAGGAGCCUGGGAAGGGCUCGUUCUGGAGGAUAGAUCCCCCCUCCGAAGGCAAACUGGUGGAGCAGGCCUUCCGGAAACGGAGGCAGAGGGGGGUGUCCUGCUUCCGAACCCCCUUUGGGCCCCUCUCAUCCCGGAGUGCCCCUGCGUCUCCGACUCACCCUGGCCUGCUGUCGCCCCACACCAGUGGCCUACAGACCCCAGAGUGCCUGUCCAGGGAGGGGUCGCCCAUUCCGCACGACCACGACUUCGGCUCAAAACUAGCCUCUGUCCCAGAGUAUCGGUAUUCGCAGAGCGCCCCCGGCUCGCCCGUGAGUGCCCAGCCGGUGAUCAUGGCCCUCCCUCCCCGGCCCUCGGCCCUCGUGGCCAAGCCGGUGGCCUACAUGCCAGCCUCCAUCGUGACCUCUCAGCAGCCUUCGGGGCACGCCAUCCACGUCGUCCAGCAGGCCCCCACAGUCACCAUGGUCAGGGUGGUCACCACCUCUGCCAACUCGGCCAAUGGGUACAUACUGACCAACCAGGUGCCGGCCGCAGGCACCCAUGAAGCAGCAGGAGCCGUCUUGGACCUGGCUGGUGAGACCAGAGGAAUGGAUGAGAAGCCAACCAUUGCGUUUGCUGCAAUCCCCACUGCCAGCCGAGUUAUUCAAACCGUGGCCAGUCAGAUGGCCCAGGGGGUCCCGGGGCAAACAGUCACCAUCCUCCAGCAAGCAGCGCCCAUGACCAUUGGGCAACACCAGCUCCCCGUCCGGGCAGUGACGCAGAAUGGGAAGCAUGCUGUGCCCACCAACAGCCUGUCUGGCAGCGCUUACGCCCUCACAAAUCCACUGCAGCUGCUGGCUGCCCAGGCCAGUUCCUCCACUCCGGCCGUGGUCAGCCAGGCGGCGGAGGCCGCGGCGAAAGAGGACCCUCCUGGCGAGCCGGACGUCAAGAGGCCUCGGGUGGAGGAGCUGAGGGGGGCGGCCCCCUUGCAGACGGGCAGCGUCAUCACUUCCACGGCUCCACAAGGACAGGCGGCCAGCGAAUAAGGAAACCGGGAUGCUCUGAAAGAGGCGCAGUGCACGACCUUUGCGGGAUUGUCUUUCUUCUUCUUCUACAGAAAGAAGAAGGAAAAACUACAUCUGUAACACCUUUUUUGGGUGGGUUGUUGUUUUUUUUAAAAAGUUCCUUUCCAAAAGUUAAGAUUUUAACAGGACAGGAUGGUCUCGAGGUGCCAAAUGAACGGCCGAAACCUCCAGCUACACAGAAGUCUGCUUUGCCUUUUACUCUGGAGAUCUUUUCUCUCUCUCCCCCCACCCCAAACCCCCAGACCUCCUUUUUAGAUUAAAGAAACAAAUACAGACAA